AUGGACAGCUACCAGACCCCCCUCUCCUCCCGAUAUGCCUCCAAAGAGAUGUCCAAGCUUUUCUCCAGUGCUACCCGUUUCGGUACCUGGAGGAAGCUGUGGCUCAAUCUUGCCAUCGCCGAGAAGGAGCUUGGCCUGACCAUCUCUGACAAGGCCAUCGAACAGAUGAAGGCCCAUCUCGAACUUGACGAGGCUCAGAUGAAGGUCGCUGCUGAGGAAGAGAAGAAGCGAAGGCACGAUGUCAUGGCCCACGUUCACACUUUCGGCACUGUCGCUCCUGAGGCUGCCGGUAUCAUCCACUUGGGUGCCACUUCUUGCUACGUUACUGACAACGCCGACCUCAUCUUCCUCCGUGAUGGUCUCGACAUUCUUCUCCCCAAGCUUGCUACCGUCAUUUCCCGCCUUUCGUCGUUCGCCCAACAAUACCGAGACCUCCCUACUCUCGGUUUCACUCACUUCCAGCCCGCCCAGCUCACCACUGUCGGCAAGCGAGCCACCCUCUGGAUCCAAGAGCUCCUCUGGGACUUGCGAAACCUCGAACGUGCGAGGAACGACCUUGGUUUCCGAGGCGUCAAGGGUACCACCGGUACCCAGGGCUCUUUCUUGGCCUUGUUCGAUGGCGACCAUGACAAGGUCGAGAAGCUUGACAAGAGAGUGACUGAGCUCUUUGGCUUUCCUUACGCCUACCCCGUGACUGGUCAGACCUACUCUCGAAAGAUCGAUGCCGAUGUUCUCGGUCCUCUUUCCAGCUUUGGUGCCACCGUCCACAAGAUCGCCACCGACAUCCGAUUGCUCGCCAACCUGAAGGAGAUUGAGGAGCCUUUCGAGAAGGACCAGAUUGGCAGCUCCGCCAUGGCCUACAAGCGAAACCCCAUGCGAUGCGAGCGUGCUUGUUCCCUCGCCCGACACCUCAUGGUCAUCUACCAGAACACCCUCAUGACCUCCUCUGUCCAAUGGCUCGAGCGAACCCUCGACGACAGUGCCAACCGACGAGUCACCAUCCCUGAGGCCUUCCUCACUGCCGACAUCCUCCUGACCACUCUUCAAAACAUCUCUGAAGGUCUCGUCGUCUACCCCCGCGUCAUCGCCCGUCGUAUCUCCCAGGAGCUCCCCUUCAUGGCCACCGAGAACAUCAUCAUGGCCAUCGUCAAGGCCGGUGGUGACCGUCAAGAAUGCCACGAAAAGGUACGAGUGCUCUCGCACCAGGCUGGUGCGGUUGUGAAGGAGGAGGGCGGUGAGAAUGAUCUGAUCGAGAGGGUCAAGAAGGACAGCUACUUUGAGCCUAUCUGGGCGCAGCUUGAUGAGCUUUUGGACCCUAGGACUUUUGUUGGCAGGGCUCCCGAGCAGGUUGACGGAUUUGUUUCCCAGUGGGUCGAGCCGGCUCUCAAGCCUUACGCCGAGUCUCUCAAGAACGUCAAGUCUGCCGAGUUGUCCGUUUAA